CCUGACGACAGCUUGAUGCGUGCUUGAUAACAUCAAGCGACUCAUAUUCUAUCGGAUCAGCAAUCUGACGUGAGCACUAUUCCUGGAGGCGGUGCAAAGGCUGGAUAAUCAUGGUCGUCUCUGACCAAGCCAAGAGCAGAGCCAAGAAGCAGAUAGAGUUCUAUUUUAGCGACAGCAAUCUCCCCCGGGACAAGUUCCUUCGGGAAAAGAUCGCGGAGGACCCUGAGGGAUGGGUCAACCUGGAGCUUCUUUGCACCUUUACUCGCAUGACAGAAGCCCUUGGAAUUUCCAGGAAAGGCAAGGAUGGAAAGGUGGAGGUCAGCCGUUUGAUUCUCAGCCAGGUGGCGGAGGCGCUGCAGGGCUCAGACAGCAUCACAGUGAGCGAGGACGGCAGAAGCGUGCGUCGCACAAAGCCGAUCGAGUCGCCAGAGGAGGUGUCAAAGGAGGUGGACGCGCGCAGCCUGUUUGCAUCCCCCUUCCCCUAUGACACCACGCUGGACGCAGUCACAGCCUUCUUCAACACAGUGGCACCUGUCAACUGCGUUCGCAUGCGGCGCCACCUGAACAGCAGUGACUUCCGGGGUUCGGUCUUUGUGGAGUUUGCCUGUGAGGAGCAGGCAACAGAGGUGAUGAGCAAGUCGCUGGUGUACGAGGGGGCACCACUGCGGCUGGAGCGCAAGGUGGACUUUGUCAACAGGAAGCAAGAGGAACGAAGUGCAAGGGGUGCUACUGGCGAGGCGCACUCUUUGGCUGCCGGCGAAGAGGCCUUCUUCACUCAAUUCACUGGCGGGUACCCCGAUGCCGUGCCAGCAAGCGGAAGUGAGGAGGAGGAGGGAACGCCAGAGCCGGCAGAGCCGGAGAAGCUGGACUAUGAGGAGGGCUGCCUGAUGCGGUUUGACUUUGUGGACGCCAACCACGAGUUGGCCUACACAGACAUCAGAGACACCUUCCAGGACAUCGCCUACGGCGCACCGUCAGGCAUUGUCAGGUUUAAGAAUAAGAAUGCUGUGGGGCCCAACCUGAUGCUCGUGGGCGACGAUGACACGGUGUCUGUGUCAGGCAAGAAGGCAACACUCAAGGUUCUUGAAGGUGAGGAGGAGAAGGACUUCUACAUGCGCGCAAAGGCUGCAAGGCAGGCGGCAGCCGAGCGGGGAGACGGCGGCGGCCGGGGACAGAAGCGCGGCCGCGGCGGUAGCGGCCGCGGCCGCGGCCGGGCCGGCGGCGGCCGGCGCGGCGGCCGGGGCAAGCGUGGCCGGCACUGA